GUGUCCAUGUCCGGUUGCGUGGCCAGGUGUAAGAGUGCCCUCUCCUGGGUGGAACACAGCAGUUUGCCUUGCUCGGCUGAGACGGCUCCCUCCUUUGGGAAGCUUUCCUUGCGUUACAAAUAGCUCAAGGUGUUCACAAACAAGUUCAGGUUUAUCCAGAGAGCCAUGGCAGAAGGUGGAUUUGAUCCCUGUGAAUGCAUUUGCUCGCAUGAACAUGCAAUGAGAAGACUGAUUAAUCUGCUGAGACAAUCCCAGUCGUACUGCACAGACACAGAAUGCCUUCAGGAAUUGCCAGGACCAAACUCCUCCGGUGACAAUGGCAUCAGCUUUGCCAUGAUAAUGAUGGCCUGGGUUGUGAUUGCACUUGUCUUGUUCUUACUGAGACCUAGUAAUCUAAGACGAUCAAACACAGCCGGAAAGGCAACCAGCCAACACAAUGGACAAGAACCACCAGCCCCACCAGUGGACUAGAGCAUUCAGUAUUGGAAAAGUUCAGCAGCUAAAACCUUGCACGACCAAAUGAACGAAGUGACCAGAUUACUCCUAAACCGCACUCAAUAUGGUUUCCUUUUCUCAUUUAUAUAGAGCAGAGUUAUCAAUCAGCAGUAAUCUUCAUGAACUGCUUUUAGUGACUUCAAUUUUAAGUUAAUUUUUGCUUUGUAUGUUAUUACAAUUCCUAUAAGAUUGUAAUUUGAAUAAUGGUAAGGCAUUGCAGGGGUUUUUUGGUUGUUACUGUUACUGUGGACAUUCCACUCAGUCUCUUUCUAUUACAGUGAUCCUAAUUUCUUUGCCAUGAUUUCUGAUAAGCAUUGAACGAAAAAGAAAAUCCCAGUCCAUCUAUAAGAAUGAAAGGUUACUGACCUUUCUUCAGAUUAAUUCAUACUACUUCUCUAGUAUGCUUUUGAGAGUUAUAUUGUGGUUGGAAUUACGUAGUUAUGUCCUGAGAAAUAGAAAUUGUUUUAUAUUUGCCCUGGUUUCAGAGCAGCUUUUCUUCUGGUCUUUGGACCACUAACACAGUUUCCAGGAUUGCUGGCAAAAGCGUGGAUUGUCCACCAGAAUUAUACUCUGUGUGUGUGUGUGUGUGUGUGUGCGCGCACGCGUGUGUGUGCGUGUGCACGCAUGCACACAUAUGUAAGUGAAUGUGAUGAUUGCCACUGUCAAAGCUUUGAUCUAUAUAUUGGGAACUUUACACUAAAGAUUAUAUCACCAAAAAAGUUAAUUUAGCCAUUUUCAUUAAUAAAUUGUAUGUCUUAUUCAAUACAUUGUCAAAAAAAACAUACUCUAAACCCAGGUGUGUUUACUUGAUCCAAUGAUAAAUUUAGUAAGAAGAACCUGGUAAAAUUUUCUGUUCUGGCAUAGUCUUUUCAUAAUUGGUACCUUAAGAAGUUUUCAGCCAUGAUGUAAUGUGUAUUGGACAGGAUUAAAUCAGACCAAGAAGUUAUCACAGUUACCAACUUUUGGUAUGCAACAUGUACUGGAUUAUUCAAGUUUUUUCACCUGUGAUCAGCAAUUCUUAACAUUUCAUCCUUACCUACUAGUAAUUGUAGACUAACAAACUUGCAGGUGACUACAUAUGACAUGUCUCUUCCCUCUAAUAUUUGUGUGUCUGCGUGUAUGUUCAAAUGUGUGUAUGUGUGGCUGUGCACAACACCUGUGCACAUCUCCCAUUAUGGUAAAUGGGAAUUACUUUUUUAUGUACAUUUAUUUAAGAACAUUUAAAAGAUGUACAGAAAAGCAACACUGUAUAUUUUUCUUGUUCAAUUUGAAAAAUUGAUCAGAAUAAUGUAAAGAACAUUUUUAUGUUACCAACAUAAAACUUCUUUCCUUAAAGGUCAGUAGAACAGAUAUACAGGAAUUCUAAACCUUAGUCUACAAACCUUUAUUUCAUGAGGAUUUCAGUCAUGGAGCUGAAGGAACCAAUUGUUAAAGUUCAAAAAGAUUUGUAUUAAUGGGCUUGUCUUGGUUUGAAAGACAGGUGUCUGCUAAGGAAGGCAGAAGACUCCCUUGGAAUGGAAAAUGUAAAGCCCUUCCCUCCAAAUUAUUAUGAUUUUGAUAUUAAGGGGCUCUCAGGCAAAGAUAUGGGAAUAGGAAUAACAGAUCUUUACUAGUAUGCACAAUAAAGCAAAUAAACAGCAACAACAGCUCUGGCAUUAGCCCCAAACAGAACAGGACCCAGUGACCAUUCCCGGCCGCAGGCAUUUCCCCUCGUGCAGUUCCGGGCACGGCCGGCAGGGGCGCUGGUGGCUCCCGGCCGGACAGGGCAGGGGCGGGGAUUCCCCCGCGCCGGCAGGGGGCGCUGUGGCGCGGGCUCGGCCCACACGCGGUAAUGGGGGCUCGGCCGGGACGGGAAGGGAUGGGAGAGAGGCUUUGCUGCACAAACCCCCCUGGGACAUCGAUCCCGGGCCCCUGCAGGACUCUCGGGAGCAGCAAGCAGGGCCGGCAAGGUGUCUCGGCAGGCAGGGCGUGCGGGGCUACAGUGCAGCGACAGCUCGGAGCAGCGCCGAAGAUGUGGCGGGGGCGAGGCAGCGGCAGCCCGGCUCCCAGCAGGGCAGGGAGAGGCGAGCUCAGGAUCCCGGGCAGCCGAGCAGAUGGUGAAAAGUCCCUCUUUUAGUGAGGUAGGUGUUAAUAAGGUCUCAGUUCAGUGGCUGCCCUCACGAGCAGAGGCUCACCCCACGGCAGAAGAAGCAGCUCUUCACCGGCAGCCCGUCUGAAACCUAUAGAGAGACAGAGAAGAGUGUGCCCUCCCCUGAGCUUGGCCACUUUUGUAUUUCUUAAGCAUCCAGUUGUUAGUGUUUCCUAGCAACUUAUGGGCAAAAAUUCUAUAAGUAAAAAGGAACAAAAGGGAAAAAACCUAACCCCCAGCAGGGCUCUAACAAAAAUCUCACAUCAUAUCUUGGUUGAUAGAGACAGGAUUUUUUCUCUUCAGGAUAAAUGAUGAGCAAGCUAAGCCUCCUUGUAAAGGUACAGUGUAGAUCUGAAGAAGGGUUUCUGUAAUUUGAUGUAAUUGACCUUUGAAUUUCUGUGGAAUAGUGUGCUCCUAAGCAUAGGAUCAUGUUUGAAAAAAAAUUAAAAAAUAACAUUAUCGGGCCAGGUGCUCUCAGCGACAUCAGUUCAGUGCCAUGUAAAGCAGUGAAACUGCUGGGGAGAAGCUAAGAGAAUUUGUCCCAUUAUGUCUAAUAAUAUACAGGCCAUAAACACUGUGUAAAGUUGUCACUGGGAUAAGCACUCUGCCUGUGCUUGUUUUUUGCCUUCCAUGUACAUUUAUGUUUGGGAUACUGUUCAGAACAGGUAAUACAGCAUCAUUUUGUUGAACCCACAAGGAAACAUAUAAUCUUCCACACUGACCUUUUUUCUCUAAGGAUUUUUGGCCACAAUUCUUCACUACUGGAAGCAUAAAACAAGCUUCCAAUUGAUUAAAAAGCCAACUGAAACAGGCUUAUAUUCAGAGAGAGCAGUACUCCUCAUCCUGUUGGGAGUUGGUGAGAUUUACAGGAGAUGGUCCUCCCUUGUGAGGAUCAGUCUCACUUAAAUGUCUGUUUAUGUAUUUAUAAACCUUACCACGUGCACCCAGCUCUAAGAGUCUUGACAAAUGAACUUUUUGUUCAGAGGGAUGUUGUGGUUUACCUUUAAAUGAAAUGUCUUUGCUUGAAAUUCCUUUAAUUGUCCCAGUGAUUUUAUACAUGUAUGCUUUCCUCAUGUAAAUUGCUAUUUUAAAUUUUCUAUGUAAAAGAAAAAAAAAUUGGAAAUAUUUUAUUGUAAAAUGUUUUACUAAAGAGCCAGGCCACUAUCCCACAUCAAAAUCUCUGCCUUUUAAAUUCAGAUACUCUCUCCAAGAUAUAAAUUUCAGAUCAGCACUCUUAAUUAAAAUCAAAGUAACUAACCAUAGGACUGUAUUUUGCCACUCUUAUUUGUGUUAAGUAGUGCCUUACUCAUCAAGUAGUUGCACUGAAGUUUGUGGAACUACUCUGAGAUAAUGUACUAGUAGCAGCUUUAGUAAGGGUGGCAGAAAUCUGGCCUUUAGUGAUGUAAUUUGUGAUUAAAUAAUUGUAUCAUGGUUACAGAUGUUUAUGGUAAAUUCUGGGAAGUGUGGAAGAGAUUAGUGGUAUGCAAAGCUCUAGGAUAUGAUCAGUUCUGUAAUGAUGGAUUUAAGCUUGGUUAGUAAGAGAUGCAAGUUGUAGCAACUUGGGAAAUAUGGAGAGAAAUUUACAUAUUAUACCUUAACUUUGUUAAAACAAUAGUAUUUUUAGAGUCUGCUUAACACAAUUACUAUACUCUGAAAUGAGAAAUCAUAUGUGUAUUCAUGCACUGCCUGCAGAUCACUUAGCCUUGUAAUACUCAUGGUUGAAAAAGGAAGAGUGAUGAUGUCAUGUACUUAAUGUAAAUUGGUGGUUUCAAAUAUCUGAAUUAUGCCAAACAAAAAAUCAUCUGUGCCAUUUGCAGUUUCUUAGUAAUCUUUUACUGAGUACUUGGAUUGGGAUAAAGGGCUUGUACUAUGCACUUUUUAUUGACUUAACAAAAUAAAUAGCAAUCAUUAGUAAA